AUGGGAAGAGUUAUAAGAGGUCAAAGAAAAGGUAGAGGAUCCAUCUUUCGAUCACACAACCAUCAUAGAAAGGGAGCGGCAAAAUUACGCCACUUAGAUUUUUGUGAGAAAAAGGGAUAUAUUAAAGGAUUGAUAAAAGAUAUUAUACAUGAUCCUGGUAGAGGUGCACCAUUAGCGAAAGUAAUAUUUAAAAGAACAGAGAAAUAUGGAAAAAAAGAAGAAUUAAUGGUAGCAACAGAAGGAAUGUUUACGGGUCAAUAUAUUUCAUGUGGAACAAAAGCUCCAUUAUCAGUAGGUAAUGUAUUACCAAUAGGAAAAAUGCCAGAAGGUACUCUAAUAUGUAAUUUAGAGCAUAGAACUGGUAAUAGGGGUACAUUAGUAAAAGCAUCUGGUUGUUAUGCAACAGUAGUUGGUCAAUCAGAAGAUGGUAAGAAAACGAAAGUUCGUUUACCAUCUGGUGCUAAAAAAACAAUUGAUGCUAGAGCAAGAGCAAUGGUUGGUGUAGUAGGAGGAGGAGGACGUAUUGAUAAACCUAUAUUAAAAGCAGGAGUAGCACAUCAUAAAUACAAAGUUAAAAGGAACUGCUGGCCAAAAGUUAGAGGUGUAGCUAUGAACCCUGUUGAUCACCCACAUGGUGGUGGUAACCAUCAACACAUAGGUCAUCCAUCCACUGUAUCAAGAAGUGCUCCUGCAGGACAAAAGGUUGGUUUGAUUGCUGCCAGAAGAACGGGAUUGUUAAGAGGUGCAAAGAAGACCAAGUUGGUCGGUAAAACGGAAGAUUAG